AUGGAUACGUGCAGCGAAGCUCCCACAAUAUGCUCGCGGGACUCAAUUGAAGAUAUAUGGGGUCCGAGAACACCAUAUGUUCAUCAGUGGCCUACGAGGGUUGAUCAUGCUUGUGACGAGGAGCCGGAGAGAUGGGUGCAGAGUGCUUGUGUGCUGUGCAGCAAUGGUUGUGGGCUAGACAUUGGUGUUAAGGAUGGCAAGGUAGUCGGUGUGAGAGGCCGUGCUACCGACCGCGUCAAUAAAGGAAGACUAGGUCCCAAAGGACUAAAUGGUUGGAAGGCAAUCAACAGCAAAGAGCGACUCACUCACCCCCUGAUCCGUCGAAACGGCAAGCUUGAACGUGCAACUUGGGGUGAAGCCAUGAAUCUCAUUGUCAAAAAGUCAAAACAGCUCGUUGAGAAACUCACAGCCCACAGCAUCGCUUUCUACACCAGCGGCCAGCUAUUCCUUGAAGAAUACUAUGUUCUUGCUUUGAUCGGGAAGGCUGGACUGAACACGCUUCAUAUGGACGGAAAUACUAGGCUCUGUACUGCGACUGCGGCAGCUUCAAUGAGGGAGUCUUUUGGGUCCGAUGGACAGCCUGGUUCUUACACUGACAUCGACUAUACUGACUGCCUCUUCAUGGUAGGGCAUAACAUGGCAGCUACCCAAACUGUGCUUUGGUCGAGAGUUCUUGAUCGACUGGCGGGCCCUACUCCACCAAAGUUAAUCGUCGUGGACCCUCGUUACAGUGAAACUGCCUCCAAAGCUACACUUCACUUGGCCCCAAGGAUUGGCACUAAUCUCGCGCUGCUGAACGGGAUCCAGCAUCUUAUGUUCAAGAAUAGCUGGAUCAAUGAAGACUACGUCUCAAAGCAUGUCGUCGGUCUUCAAGAUCUCAAGAGCACAGUUGAAGGCUACAACCCCGAGAGAGUUUCAGAAAUCACUGGCGUCCCAGCCAGCAAGAUCGAAGAAGCAGCCAGUAUCCUCGGUCAAACACCAAGUCUUCUCUCUUCAGCUCUUCAGGGUGUCUAUCAGUCGAACCAAGCUACAGCAAGUGCCUGCCAGAUCAACAACAUACAUCUCCUUCGUGGUUUAAUAGGCAAAGCAGGAAGUGGUAUCUUUCAGAUGAACGGUCAGCCAACUGCGCAGAAUAACCGCGAGACUGGCUGCGAUGGCGAGUUCCCUGGGUUCCGAAACCACCAGAACGCAAAGCACAUGCAAGAGCUGGCAGAUCUUUGGAACAUAAACAAUGUCCAGGUGCCGCACUGGAAUGAACCUACUCAUAUCCAUAACAUGUUGACGUUUAUGGAAAAGGGCUCUAUUCGAAUGGUCUGGGUCUCUGGGACGAACCCCCUUGUCAGCUUGCCCAACCUCCCCAAAGUCCGGGACAUCUUUACCCGACCGGAACUGUUUGUCGUUUGUCAGGAUAUUUAUAUGACUGAGACGGCUUCUAUUGCCGAUGUUGUUCUUCCAGCUGCCCAAUGGGGUGAGAAGACGGGGUGCUUUACAAACGUUGAUAGAACAGUGCAUUUGUCUCACAAGGCCGUCGAACCACCAGGAGAGGCGAAGCCAGAUCUUGAAAUCUUUCUUGGCUACAGCCGUCGCAUGGGCUUCAAGAACAAAGAUCACAGGCCUCUCACGCCGUGGACACAGCCAGAAGAGGUUUUUGAGGCAUGGAAGCGUCUGUCUGCGGGCAGGCCUUGUGAUUACACUGGCAUGUCUUAUGCGAAACUUACAGGCGGCUCCGGGAUCCAGUGGCCCUGCAAUGAUCAGUACCCAGUUGGAAAAGAGCGGCUCUUCGACGACGGUGUUUUCUUCACGGAUAUAGACUACUGCGAGAGCUAUGGUCAUGAUCUACAGACUGGAGUUCCAUACUCUGAGGGAUACUACAAGGAACUCAGACCAGCUGGCCGUGCAAUCCUCAAGGCGUGCGAAUACGUGCCUCCAUACGAAGAUCCAGACGAGGAAUAUCCUCUGAGGCUGUCAACGGGACGGAAUGUUUAUCACUUCCAUACCAGGACCAAGACAGGAAGAACCGCGUUACAAAAGGCAUGUCCCGAGCCUGAGAUUCGUGUAUCCGAGAAGGAUGCUGAGAAGUUUGAUGUGAAGACUGGCGACAUGGUUUCAAUCAAAUCCAGACGAGGUGAGGUUGAGAUGAAGGUAAAAGUUGGCAAGAUUUCACAAGGCCAGGCUUUCAUUCCGUUCCAUUUUGGGUAUUGGGACACAAAGGAUGGAAGAGCACGAGCCGCAAACGAGCUUACCAUCACUGAAUGGGACCCCAUAUCUAAGCAACCGACCUUCAAAUCUGGUGCAAUCUCCAUCACGAAAGUCCCAGACGGCCACCCACCGGCAAAAGAGCGGCAAUCCGAAGCUUUGGAAAAAGCAGAACAGAAUGAUUCUGCGACUUCCAACGUCAUGGAGAUUGAUCUCAGCAAUCGCGAGCGUCAAUUGGAGACUUGGCUAGGCGAAACCUACGAAUCAAUCCUCCUCCUCCGCGACAUAACAAAACAAUUACUAGACCAUCUAGUGGCUGAAUCAGAAGCUCACUCUGGUGUUCGUAUUCUCAUCCAAAUUACCAAAGACACAGCCAAACGCCUUAAACCUCACGUUGACAAGUUCGGUGAGAAUCAAGCUCGUGGCAGACACGCCGCUCACACAUUGCGCGACUCAUUGUUCCCCGAGAGCAACGAUACACCGAGUCAACUGCAAGUAUUAGAAGCACUGCGAAGUCUACAAGUGUAUUUGGCUCAUCUUCGCGUUGGGCUGGAAGCGCUGAACCCUGUUAGUCAAGCGAUUUGGGAUGAAGAGUUCUUCCAGGCGGUGCUGUAUGCUAUUUCUCAGGUUAAGAGGAUGCAGGAUUGGGUGACGACGCAGAUCAAGGUUAGGGCACCUCAGGCGCUUUUAGUGCCCUGCAAGGUCGAUUAG